AUGUCUGAUGUAAUAGUAAAUGAUUCUGUACCAGUUGAUAAAAAAAUUGGAGAAUUAAUAAAAUACAACAUAUUUAUAAUGAAAAUAGUGGAAUUUGUAAUAUCAUUGCUCCUCAUGUUUUUGCCAUUUAUUCUGGCAAACCCGAGAACAUUUCACUGCUUAGCCGUAGCCCCUACGCUUGUAUUGUCCGUGAUAUUCAUUGUACUUUACCUUGUGGACCAAGUGCACAACUUGGCCGAACAGUUGUACCUUCUGAUACAAAUAAUUUUGAAUAUAGCUGCUGUAAUAACUAUAAUAACGUCUGAAAAAUCCACAUUUGUUUUGUAUGGAUUGUUUUACUGUCAUUUACUUUUAGCGUUAUGUGUUGACCAGUACUUUGUAUUUAAAGAAAGAGGUUGUGUACUAAUAAAGGACAAACAAUGAUCUUUCUAGAAAUAUUCAAUUUAUCAUAAUUUCUAAAUUAUAUUAAUGUAUGUAUGAUUGUAUGAUAAACUUUUCUCUGCCUUAAUAUUUUGAUACGAAAUUACAAGAGUAGCAUUUGUUAAUAUUGUAUAUUUAUAAAGUCUUAAUUUUAGGUAGUGGCUCUGCUUCUAAAUAUAAUAGCUUAUGUUGUGCCACCUGUGGAGAUCUGGCACUGUUUGAUUUCGGGAUCCACUGUUAUGCUGUCUGCUUAUUUUGUGGUGCUGUAUGUAGUUGAUCAAAUCCAAUACGAGGCAGAGACAUAUUACAUUAUAAUUGAAAUUGUAUUAAUUUUAAUAGCCUUGCUAAAUUUAAUAUUAGUUGGUAAAAUUAUUGGUACAAUAUAUGCAAUGUUCUAUGUUGAUUUGAUACUUGUGUUCUUGCUCGAUUUGAUUUGUAUACGCAGGGA